CACAUACUUACUCGCGAUCUGGCCCGGUUUUUUUAUACUCUUAAUAUAUCUAUUAAAUACUUGUAGGCACACUUCCGGUCCAUUCUUCCGUCCUUCCGUCAGUCUGAGGGUUUCAGGUUGUCAAACAUGGCGGUUCAAGUGUCAGAGUCUGAUCAGAUCAAACAGUUCAAAGAGUUUUUGGGAACAUACAACAAAGUGACAGAGAACUGCUUCAUGGACUGCGUCAAAGACUUCACCAGCAGAGACAUCCGGCCUGAAGAGUCGAACUGCUCAGAGAUGUGUCUUCAAAAGUAUCUGAAGAUGACCCAGCGGAUCUCCAUGCGGUUCCAGGAAUACCACAUCCAGCAGAAUGAGGCUUUGGCUGCUAAAGCUGGUCUGCUCGGUCAGCCUCGCUGAACUGGGUCAGACCAGACUGGACUCUCAUCUUCUUUGUGUUGAGAAAUCGGAAAUGUUUAAUGUAAAAAGUAAAACCAAGUUAAUUGCCGUCUACGUGAAAGACUGUUUGGAAAUUGCAGACCUUGAAACCACCACACUUUGUGAUUCAAAUUUAAAAACUUUAUUGGAAACCGGUGCUACUCGGCCUGGAGUGCAUGUGCACGCCACACCAUUGCAGCUAACAAACAGCGUACAAAGUGUUCUCUUAAAAAUAUUAUAAAUCAUUCUUUACAAGGU